GAAUCAGAAGGCGUGGCCAGCAAAGAGAAGGAAGGAGUUCUUUUUCCAAACUGGGGGAAGAGGAGAGCUGGAAGGAAAGAAAGUAACGCGUUGCCUGCAGUGUCGUUACUAGGAACUAGUUCCUUUUGAAUGGAAUCAGCUUGACCUUGCUUUCACUGCCAGAAGAUGUUUAACUGCAACAAGUCAGCGAUCAAAGAGGAACCUGGAGAAGACCUUGAUGUCGCCCCGGACGGGAGAAGUGAUGGUGGACCCUGGGGAAUUGCUGGGGAGAAGACCCCCGAGGAGGGUGCUCUUGGCCUCGAUGUACAGCCAGAGCAAUGCAAAAAGGAACCAGGAGAAGACCUUGAUGUCACCCCGGAUGGCAGAAGCAAUGGCGGACCCUGGGGAAUUGCUGGGGAGAAGACCCCCCAGGAGGACGCUCUUGGCCCUGAUGUACAGCCAGAGCAAUGCAAAGUAAACUUAGCAGGAGAAGCCAAUGAGGUUGAGCCGGACACCAAGGAGGGAGCACCCCUCCGGUGGGUGGUGAAGGAGGAGGGCAACGGGAGCGCAACGGUGAUGAGCGAAAACGAGUGGAGCCUGCUUCCUCUUCGCCCCUCUGUCUCAGGCAAAGAUGGAAGGGAGAGUGAGAAUGGGGAGAAAGCAUAUGAAGGAACCCACGCAGGAGAGAAACCGUACAAAUGUGUGGAUUGUGGAAAGACCUUCACUGGGAGAGCAGGUCUUAGUCGGCACAGAAGAAUCCACUCAAUAAAAACCACAUAUAAAUGUGUGGAGUGUGGGAAGAGCUUCAGUGUGAGAGGAGACCUUGAUUUACAUACAAAAAUCCGCACAGGAGAGAUAACAUUUAAAUGUGCGGAGUGUGGAAAGAGUUUUGCUGUGAGAGGAAACCUAACUGAGCAUGCAAGAAUCCACACAGGAGACAGACCAUAUAAGUGCCCAGAGUGUGGAAAGUCCUUCACUGAGAGUUCAAACCUUAAAGUGCACAGAAGAAUCCACACAGGAAAUAAGCCGUAUAAAUGCUUGAAGUGUGGAAAGAGCUUCAGGGAGAGAGGACACUUUAUUGUACAUACAAGAACCCACACAGGAGAGACACCAUAUAAAUGUGUGAAGUGCGGAAAGGGCUGCACUACCAAAUGGAAACUUAAUGUGCAUAAAAGAACCCACACGGGAGAGAAACCAUAUAAAUGCUUGGAGUGUGGAAAGUGUUUUGCUGUGAGAGGAAACCUUACUGAGCAUAUAAGAAUCCACACCGGAGAGAAACCAUAUAAAUGCCUGGAGUGUGGAAAGUCCUUCAGUGAGAGGUCAACUCUUAAAGUGCACAGAAGAAUCCACACAGGAGAGAAACCAUAUAAAUGCCCGGAGUGUGGAAAGAGUUUUGCUGUGAGAGUAAACCUUACUGAGCAUAUGAGAAUCCACACAGGAGAGAAACCCUACACAUGCUUGGAGUGCCACAAGAGCUUCAGGCAGAGCGCCCACUUUUAUCGCCACAAGAAGGUCCACUCUGGAGAGAAGCCAUAUAAAUGCCCGGAGUGUGGAAAGUGCUUCAUUGAUAAAUCAGGCCUUAACGUGCACAGAAAAACCCAUACAGGAGAGAAACCAUAUAAAUGCCUGGAGUGUGGAAAGUCCUUCAGUGAGAGUUCAGCUCUUAAAGUGCACAGAAGAAUCCACACAGGAGAGAAACCAUAUCAAUGCUCGGAGUGUGGAAAGAGUUUCGCUGUGAGAGGAAACCUUACUGAGCAUACAAGAAUCCACACAGGAGAGAAACCAUAUCAAUGCUUGGAGUGUGGAAAGAGAUUUGCUUUGAAAGGAAACCUUACUGAGCAUACAAGAAUCCAUACAGGAGAGAAACCCUACAAAUGCUUGGAGUGUGGAAAGUCCUUUACGGAGAGUUCCCACCUUAAAGUGCACAAAAAAAUCCACACAGGAGAGAAAUCAUAUAAAUGCCUGGAGUGUGGAAAGCACUUCAGCAAUCGAAAGGCCUUCUGUUGCCAUCAGAAAACCCACACAGGCCAAAAGCCAUUCAAAUGCUUAAGAAGUGGCAAGACCCGUAGGAAUAGCACUGAGCUUUCUUUACAUCACACAAGUCAAUGAGGCGACUGUAUCUGUAUAGUCUAUGAUAGAUUGUUAUAGUGUGCAUACUCAUUUGUAAUCAGAUAAUAAAAAUUUCUGAGCUUGAUCCCUGCAGCUCUUGCCUGGUCAUUCAAGAAGGAGGUGCAAUUAGAUCGUAUUGUGUAUUGAGAUCGCUUUCUGUUUGUGUGUGUCAGGAGAGUUGUAGUGCUAAGAGAUUUUCCCCUCCCCUUUUGGAAUGCUAGACAGAUAGAGGUAGACUAGCUCAGACCCAGUUCUUUAUUUUUAAGGAAUGUAGCUACUAUUUUUGUAAAUAAAUAUUUUGUAUUUUGAAA